AUGAUCAUUGUUCCCAUCAGUCCUGAAAAUCCGAUCUGGAUGAUGUUGGGCCGGCACAUUGUUCCUUGGCUGAAAUAUGUCCCGUUUGGGAACGGCAAUUUCAGCAAAUUUUGCCACGUCGGCUGGGAAUGGGAACUGAAGUACCAUGCAUAUGCCGAUUUUGGUGAUGCUGGCGCUCUUUUGUUUGUGUCACCUGGAAAGAAUUGGAUCUACCUCCGUAACGCUGAAGCAAUCCAUGACGUGAUUCAGCGCGAGCGCCGUCAUGAUUUUGAGAGGCCGGCGGAGCUAUUGGCGGUUCUAGACGUCUUUGGACCCAACAUAUCUACUGCCUACGGCCAGGACUGGCAGCGUCAUCGCAAGGUUACCGCUACUGCAUUCACGGAGAAGACCAAUAGGUUGGUCUGGGACGAAGCCCUUCAGCAGGGACGGCAGAUGCUUGAUUUCUGGGAGAGCUCUGGUGAGGUACGAAGCACCGCUACGGACUGUCGAACACUCGCACUGGACGUUCUGGUGAGUGCAAGCUUUGGCAAAUCAUUUCCCUUCGAGGGAAACGCGCAACCGCCGGAGACAGUAUUGAUCCUGGCACUCCGUGCGGAGUUUCUUGCGCGACUCAAGUAUCCUCGUGGGUUGGCACGCAUCGGUCAGGCAAUCACAUCGUUCAAGCAAUACAUGACUGAGGACUACGAGGAAGAGCGGAAAGCAUUUGAGGAGAAACGAGAGACGAGAGAGAAUUUAAUGACGAAUUUGCGAAGGGCCGGAUUAACCCGCGAGGAGGUUUUUGGAAAUAUGUUUGUGUUCAACUUUGCAGGACAUGAUGGUACAGCCCAUGCGCUGAACUAUACGUUUUACCUGCUGGCUGUGCACCCAUGGGUUCAGGAAUGGAUAGGUGAGGAGAUCAGGCAUGUUUUCCAAGACAAAGACAUCUCCUCCUGGGACUACGACUCUUUCCCCAGGCUUAACAGGUGCCUGGCUGUUCUGAGGAAUAGUACGAGACCCUACGAUUGUACAACCCUCUCCUGA